AUGCUGCCGUUUGCAUCCGGUCUAUCCGCAACAGAAGCCUCGGUGGCCAUGGAUGCAGACAGGAGCAAACCCUUCUGCAUGCAGCCCUCAGCGUUUGGCUACACUUUCCAUGACGGAGGGCAAAGCUUCAACUACACUGACAUUCACUGCACGCACCUGUGCCACGAAGCCAGUGGAAUGGACAAGGCCUGCAUGAACGAGGCAGAGAUGAGUAUGGACUCACCAUCUGGAGCAUUCAUCCCUACGUUCUUCUCGGACCUCAUGAUGCACAACUUGCACGACGUUGCAGAUCCCAGUUACUACUACGUUCCCGGCAUCGAGAGCAUGAAGCUGACCUUCAGUCACAACUACUAUGCGGUCCGCCCAGAUGACCUCAUCGGAGGACCCAGGGAGACGCUGGUCGGCAGCAGCGACGGCGCUGCAACUUCAGGUGCCCCCGUGACAACCGUGGUCAUGAACCACUCCGGCUCUAUCCUCCGUCGCUUUCAGCCCGGUGAGCCGAUCAGCCUCACAGUCGCUGAGGUGCUCAUGGCCGGCAAGGCGGAAGAGUUUGGAGAUGACGACUCCAGGCUACUGCUGGAUGGCCGCUACUACAACUUCGAAGAGAGAGUGAUGCGCGAGGAUUCGGCGAACGGCCCCCAGGGGCCACCGCUGCGGUUGACUGGUGCAGACAUCACCAUCAAGAUCUCCUACACCAACAAGGGGUACUGCCGCAUGGAGAAGGAUUCACCCAGGCUCUGGGUGCCAGAUACUCCCAACUCACAAGUCGCCUGCAUCACCGUCCGAGCGAAGAGGGGCUGGACGCAGAAGGAUCGAAAUGCAGUCUUCAACGAAGAUGGGGCCUUCUGGACGAGAACAUACCAUGGCCUUAAGAUCUCGUUCGAGAGCAGCGGGGUCUUCUCCUCCUUCGACUCUUUUGCACUCUUCGAGAGUCUGACCAUCCUCUUCAUAUGGCUGCAGGUUCCGUCGCUAAUCAUCUACGUCAUGGCUGCGUUCAUGCUUGGCACCCUCUCCAAGGUCUAUUCCAGCGUGAUGCACCAAGAAGGCGGUCUCAUCGGCACCACAGCAGGCAUUGCGGCGCGCCUGCUGAAUUAUAGCUCCACAUACAAUGACCUCCGUGAUGACCAGGGUGUGACGAAGCAGCGCAUGUUGCGGCGCUUCAACUACAUCCUUGCUCACGAAGAAGACUUGGACGCCAACGAGCGUGAAAAGUUCGUGGAUUUCGUCUACAAAAGCGUCCUGUCUACCGGUGGCAUGGAUGCGAAGACAUCCCACUGCGACAUGCUCUCUUUCUGCACGGCCUGUGCCAGUGGUGAGCCUUUGAGCUUCGAGAUCCUGCAAGCGUUCUUCAAUCGCAAGAAGCGGAUCGGCCUGGUCGAAAGGGUCUUCCAGGAUCGAAGCAUCUCCGCCAUUCAAAGUGUGACAGAGUCUCAGCUCGACAUCACAGCUUCAGGUGACGACGAGCCGCUGAAGGAUGCUGCUGCACCAUUUGGUGGCCCUGCAG